UUCAACUAACCAAACAAGCCCCAAUUUGAAGAUCAUUGGUAGUCAAUUUCCACUGAAACCGUCGCCAUUUCCGCAAAUCUUCAUGGCCAGCACCACCGGCGGAGAAGUCAAGAGAGAUGCGUAUUCCGUGUGGGCGCUGCCGCCGGAGGAAUUGAAGCCUCGCCUGAAGAAACUGAUGAGCGGUCUCCGAUCGGAGUUCGGCGGGCCGGAGUUCGAGCCGCACGUGACGAUCCUCGGAGCUAUCAAGCUGACGGAGAGCGAGGCGCGUGAUAUGUUUCAAAAGGCGUGCGAGGGCCUCAAACCGUACACAGCUACAGUCGACAAAAUCGCCACCGGCACUUUCUUUUAUCAGUGCGUUUUUCUCCUGCUUCAUCCCACGCCUGAGGUGGUGGAGGCUAGUGAUCAUUCAUGUGUACUCUUUGGUUUCAAGAGAUCAACUCCUUAUAUGCCGCACUUGAGCCUCCUCUACGGCGAUUUAACAGAAGAAGAGAAGAAAACCGCGCUAGAGAAAGCUUGUGCUCUGGAUGACAGCAUAGGCGGUCUGAGUUUCCAGAUUUCGCGUCUGGCACUGUAUAAAACGGAAACUGAAGACACAAGCUGCAAAUCGUGGGAGAAGGUGGAGGAGUUCGAGCUCAAACCUUGAUUACUAGGUACAUCAUAUUGAGCUUAGGUCAAUGUCUGAUUUCCCUUGAAUAAGAAAUGAAAAGUUGCAGCUCUUUGCUUGUUGUUUUACCUUCCUCCUUUCUUAUUGUAAAUUAUGAAUAAAAUUACAUUUCAUUUGCGGA